GGAAAAAUGGCAAUGUAACGCGACUGUGGGAUUCCUUUUUCAAUUAGAAUUUAAAGGACAAAAAAGGAGAGAGACUAACUAUGAAUUCACAACUUCUCCGUGCUCUCUCAUCCGUCGCCCGCCUUGUAUAAGCAAAUACUGACGACAACCACCGCGCGCAAUGCCGCGCGGUCAAAUUUUAAACUCCCUAGUCUCCGGACUCGCCCUCUCCUUCAAAAGCCACCUUGUGGGCUUCGCCCUAGCGUACGCCGCUGUGCUCACUCUCCACAAAUUCAGCUCCUACUCUUCAGCCCUACGCAAGAUCCGCAAAGCUCCCUCCGUCAAAGUCUCCGGGCUCCGUUCAAACCCAGCGCUCGAUCAAUCCGACCAGUCCGACGCAAAGCUCAUUGUCGUACGAGGCAUCGUUGAAGCCAAGUCUGCCUUCGACCGCAAAUGGAAUAGUUUCAAGUCCGGCGUACUUGUUCAGAAUACCCUACAUUUUCAGAGAACCCAAUCUUGUGUAGUUAGCGAUUGGAUGGCCCUUUUCGGAUGGCGGUCUGAUGAUAGUAUUAUUCUUGUUGAUCGUGGUUUCGGCCUGAAGUCAAUUCUUGAUUUUGUUUAUCGACAUAAUCAUCAUGUUGACGCUUCCCUCUAUUCAGCCCUGAAGACACUUAUUGGCGAUAAGUACCCUGUUGGUGUGCUCGAUUACGUGAAGAUUCUUCCUUUGGGAAAGGAAAUUAGUGCUGUUGGUCUCUACAGUUUCAAAAAUGGAGUGCCGGUAAUCAGGCCCUGCAAGGAUCUUCCCUAUUUUCUCUCUGAGAUGUCUAAGGAUCAGAUGGUUGUAGAUCUUAUACUACGCACAAAAAUACUGUUCUGGAGUGGGAUUGUUCUUGGAUCAAUAUCAAUCGGAGUCCUUGGCCAUUCUGUUGCCAGGAAUUGGAAUAGAUGGAGAGUGUUGGUUUACGAAUAUUUGUUUCAGCAACAAAGGCAGCGGCAGCAAUCAAUGCCUGCUAAUGAGAGCAACGUUGAAACUCAAGCUGAAGUAGGAGUGGAUGCAGCGGUUGAUGUUCCACAGCAGCAGUUGUGUGUCGUAUGUUAUACGAGUAGAAGGCAAUACGCAUUCAUUCCUUGAGGGCAUCUGAUUUGUUGCGAACUCUGUAGUGUAAAUGUGAGAAAUCUAGUUUCACCAAAGUGCCCUCUUUGUCGGGAAGAAUUCUUCCUUUCGGUGCGAAUCUAUGACCCUUAGAUCAUAUCGAUGUAUCUUUCAAUGUUCAGGCUCUCAGUGUCAAGAGAAAAUUUGUGUGCAUAAAUAAAAAAGAUCAUCAUGCAAACCAAAGGAGC